AUGGCAAGUCCUGAAUUCAGUAAUCCACUUCGAAAGUUUAAGCUUGUCUUUCUAGGCGAGCAAAGCGUGGGCAAGACAUCGCUCAUUACUCGCUUCAUGUACGACACCUUUGACAAUACCUACCAGGCUACCAUUGGCAUUGAUUUCCUCUCAAAAACGAUGUACUUGGAAGAUCGAACAGUACGGCUUCAAUUGUGGGAUACAGCUGGCCAGGAACGAUUUCGUUCAUUGAUCCCAUCCUAUAUCCGUGAUUCGAGUUGUGCUGUUGUGGUGUAUGAUAUUACGAAUCGCAAUUCGUUUGCAAAUACGGAAAAAUGGAUCGAUGAUGUACGUGCAGAACGCGGAAAUGAGGUGAUCAUUGUUUUGGUUGGUAACAAGGUCGACUUGAAUGAAAAACGGCAAGUGACUCUGGAAGAAGGUGAAAAGAAGGCCAAGGAUUACAAUGUCAUGUUUAUUGAGACAAGUGCCAAAGCAGGCCAUAAUGUCAAGACGCUGUUUCGGAGGAUUGCUCAAGGACUACCCGGCGUUGAUGCUCAAUCAGAGGAAGGAAGGGAUCAAAUGCAAAAGGUCGAUCUAACCACCUCUGAGAACAACGAUGCAAGUGGAUGUGCCUGCUGA